AUGCACCUAGCUCGCAAGCUGCCGAUCGAACACCGGCUUCACUGGGCAUGUGGCAUUCAACUGCAGCAGCAGGCUGUCGAAGGCGCCCAGAAGGCAAUGGCAAACAUAACAUCUCACAACUGCACCGCCGUGUAUCUGUUCUCAGCGCUGACGUGCGUGCUCUCGCUCGCACGAGGAUGCGAUGACUGGCGAAGCAUCGCCGCCAACGAUGACCAAUCUCCAGGGAAGAACUGCGAGAGCUUCCUGGAAUGGGUGGUCUUAUACCGCGGAACCAGACUUCUUCUCAGCCCGCCCUACGAGGAAGUUUUGCUUUCCGGCCCACUGAGGCCCAUGUUCGAGCUAGGACUUCAACGCCGUGAGCGUGUUCUCGCCCCUCUGGCAACCAUGGACACUGCGAAGUCCGGUCCAUUGUUGAAAUUGCAAGCCGCCAUUUACAAUCAUGUCAAAGACACCGACCGAUUAGAGGCGUACGACACAGCCAUCGACCAUUUGCGGCGGGCCUUCCACGCCGUGUAUGAUAAGCCGAUGGAAGACCUGGAAAACAUGGAUGUUUUCGCCUGGAUGUUCUCGAUACCGGACGCCUAUGUCGCCUUACUCAAACAGCAAGAUCCCAUCGCCCUAGCGCUGUUUGCCUGCUUUGCUAGUCUGAUUCAAGAAAUGCGCCGCAUGUGGUGGACGCAUGGUUGGGGCGAAUGGUGUGUUAGUCAGAUCUGUUCCAAGUUAAAAGAGGCAGCAGUUUGGCUCGUUCAACAUGUCAUAGAUGUUACUAGCUAA